CCGAGCCCCGCCCGCUGCAGACAUUCCAAAGACGGAGCGUUCGAGCCUGCAGCGCUGGGAACAGGCAGCGAGUACACAGACAACUAGACAGGCAGCACAGUGUAUCAUUGUUGCUGACGCUAGUCAUGGCCGAGUCGUUCAUGCAGCGUCUUGACAAGUUCCUCAAGGAAAAGAACCUGCUUGCAGAUAUCUUGGGGAAAAUUGAGAGCAAGACAGGAGUGAACAGACGUUACAUUGCGCUGGCUGUCAUUGUUAUCAUUUCCGUUUACCUGGUGAUCGGCUAUGCAGCAUCUUUACUUUGCAAUUUGAUCGGAUUCGUUUACCCUGCUUAUGUCUCAAUCAAGGCUAUCGAAAGCCCAGAUAAAGACGACGAUACAAUAUGGCUGAUGUACUGGGUAGUAUAUGGUCUCUUCAGUGUAGGUGAAUUCUUUUCUGACAUCUUCUUUUCCUGGUUUCCUUUCUAUUACAUAUUCAAGUGUACGUUCCUGGUUUGGUGUAUGGUUCCCAUUGCAAAUAAUGGUUCUCAAGUGAUCUACAAGCGUUUCAUUCGCCCUUUCUUUCUGAAACAUGAGGCUAAAUUGGAUGAGGUUGUGAAGAAUAUUGGUGAUCGGGCCUCAGAAGCUGCAGAUACCAUUAAAGAAAAUGCCAAAAAAGCAACAGCAAACUUGAUCUUUGAAGAGAAGAAGAGUACUUAAACAACGGCCGAUAAAACUCCCUGGAAUCGAGUGUGUUAAGAUAUUGCCUUUGGAAAUUUUUUUCAAUGCACUCUUUAAAUGUAUUUCUUUAUAUAACCUAUUUGCUCAAUUUUAUCAAAAUCAAAGUGGAAAAAUGUAUGGUACUCAAAUGUAAUAUUACAAUCAGUGUUUAAUUGCUUGUUGCAAAUAUUUCAUGGACUAUUGCUAAUGAUGCAGAUGCAGUUCUGAGAGUGGCAUUUUUCUGGUUUGUCUUGUCCUUUUAUUGUCUGAUUUAAAUGUUCAAUAAACUUUUAAAGUUGA